UUCGCUCGGGGCAGCCGCACCCAAAGCUCUGCGGGGCCGGGCAGGGGGUCCCGAGCGCCGGAGCCUCCGUGGGAUUCGCGGCGCCCUCCCCGGGGUGAGGAAGGUGCGGCCUGGGGUCCACGGGGAGGGAGGAGGAGGCUCAGGACGUCCCGCUGCACCCUCGGGUUUCCUGGGCUCCCUCCCGGCUCGGUCCCAGUUUCGCUUUCGGCUGCGGCUUCGCCGCGGCCCGAGGGGUCCCGGGGGUGGUCCCGGGGGUGCCUCCGGGAGCGCUCGCGGUUCUCGGUGCGCCAUCCCCAGCUCUGCACCGCCAUGGACUUUCUCCCCCCCAGCUCUGCUCUGGUGCCACUGCUGCUCCUUCUGGCCGUGUCCACUCCCAGCAGCUGCUGCUCCUUUGGCUUUAACCCCAUCAGCAGCACCUUCAGCGCCCACCUGAACAACCUGACCCCCUGGCUGCUCCUCGACUACCCUGUGGCGAUGCCCAGCAACCUGGAGCCAGACAGCAGCUGCUCUGAUCUCUGGGGCCUUCACUUCGGGGCACUGGCUCUGCAGCGAAUGUUAGGGGUGGCAGGGAAGGAUUUGGCGCCCCUGCUCAGGACCCUCCUUGCCCAGCUCCACUUUGUGGCCGAGUGUCACAUCCAGGACCCCCAGGGCUGUGUCCGGCUGGAGACGGUGAAUGUGUCGCAGCUACUGGAGACCCUGGCGCAGCACCUGGGGGGGCUGCAAGGGAGACCCCCCCACUUCCCUGGCUGCGCCCGCUUGCGCUGCCACCCAGGCCCAACACUGACCAGCCCAGCAGUGCGGCACGAGGGGACCUUGGGGGCCAGGCAGGGACCCCCCAGCCCUGCUGGACAUGGGCUGGUGCUGCUGGGGGGAGUUGGGGGGGCCCUGGGCCUGGCAGCAGCGGCCUGGGUGCUGUGGAGGAGACCCUGUGCCCAGCUCUCACAGGGACCCCCGACAUCGGAGCAGGAUGGGACCUGAGCAGCUGAGCAGUACUUGGGGACAAACACAGGCCUGAGCCACUGGUGAGAGAUAGGGACCCCCCAGUUCCCUGCUGGAAGCCCUUGGGGGCUACACCGGGAUCUCCUGGAGCCACGGAGAGAUGACAGGGCCCAGCCUGGCCCCCUGCAGUGCCCAUAAAGCUGAUGUUGACACCUGGACUCUGACCCUACUCUGGGAGGAACUAGGUGGACUGGGA